AUGACAAUUAAUCUAUUGGAAAUCUUAUCCAAAGAUUAUAGGACUCUUUUGGAAACUGGUGACUUUGCGGAUAUUAUUAUCAAGGUCAACGACGAAACAUUGUUACAAGCUCACUCGCUCGUUUUGAAAGCUCGGUCUUCAUAUUUUCGCGCAAAACUUGCCACGGGUUGUUCAAAUGAGGAUAUAGAACAUGGGAAGCAAAAACUAAGGGUCGUCUCGUUUAACAAACCAAACAUCUCUCCGAAAUUAUUCAGCGUGCUCCUCAUGUACAUAUACUUCGGAACAAUCGAGCUUUCCCAAUACAAUGUAUCGGAAGUUAUCUAUCUUUUGUGUGGAGCUCGCGAAUUAUGUCUCAAUGAGCUAUGUGACUAUAUUCAGGACUACUUUAUUAACCAAAAAGAACUCGUUAAAAGACAUUUCUUUUUUGUAGCCAGGGCUUCAUACAAUCAUUUCGAGAAACUGUCGACAUUUUGUAACAAUAUCCUCAGAGAAGAUCCUGAGACUUUUAUCAAUUCUCAGGAUUUCAUGAUGUUCAAAAAAAAGGAGCUACUCUCGUUUUACAAGAAUCAUCCUAGUAACAUCAGGGAAAUCGUUUUGUGGGAAAAACUCGUCGAGUGGGGAGUUUCUCAAUUCCCCCCCUUGACGCUUGAUAUUACUACGUGGACCAAUGAUGAUUAUAAUUCUCUUAGGGAGUUGAUGGAUUCGUUCAUUCAAUGCAUCGACUUCCAAAAGGUCUCUCGUAGUGAAUUUCUGCAAAAAGUAAGACCAUUCAAGAAACUAUUUGAGGAUAGUUUCUACAUUGAGAUCUUGGAACAUCAUACCUUCCCGGAGCUCUCUGAUUCACCAACAUUGGAGUUAACCACUCCGCCCAGCAGCAGUUCCACAAACACUCCCACAGAAUCUUCAUCCACCUCGCCAGUCCAACACCAAUCACAACCCGCUCUGCGAUCUCAACCACAAUUCAUCUCGGAGCCACCAUUACAACCCCAAUUCACUUCGCAACCGCAACCACAGCCACGACCGCAAAUUUCCACGGGCAACGGAUUGUUGAACAAAGUUUAUGCAAAGUUAAUCGUUCAGUGGAUUAACGAAACAAUGAUGUUAAGUAAGGCCACUAAUUAUAAUUUCCGUCUUUUAAUUCGAGGCUCAAAUCAUGGGUUUUCAUCAAAAGCGUUUCACGAUAGAUGUGACAUGAAGGGUUCAACACUGACCCUCAUCAAUAUUUCAAAGACCGAUGAAAUCAUCGGUGGGUUCAAUCCUUUGAAUUGGGUGUUAGACCGAUCCAAAGGUGUCUAUCAGAAGACGAAAAAUAGUUUCAUAUUUUCCUUGAACAAGACGGAUAUGGACAAGUCCAUUUAUAGUAGAGUGGUUGAUGAGGCACACGCUGUCUAUUCACACAUCGAUUUUGGCCCUUGCUUUGGGGCUAAGAAGUAUGAUCUAAAGUUGUAUGGAAAGUUCGAUGACGGAAAUGGAAAUUGUUGCAACAAGAAAAGUUAUGCGAAGGGGAUUAGAAGUAGUGGCGAAAGUUUUAAAGUGAAAGAGUAUGAGGUUUACCAGGUGGUUAAGGUCCCUUGA